CCCUGGCCCGGAAUCCUUUCCUCUCCCAGCGCAGCUUCUCUCCUUCGCCUCCACUCGGGUCUCCCUUUUCUCAAGGUUGGGGUCGCUCUCCCGGCCCCGAUUCCCCCCAAGGCCAGGGAUGUUCCCUGCCAGCCCGCGCCCAUGGUCCUGACGCUGCUCUUCUCCGCCUACAAGCUGUGCCGCUUCUUCGCCAUGUCCGACCCGCGGCCCGGCGCCGAGCGGCUGGUGGUGCCGGGGACCGAUCGCGGUGGCGGCGCGGGCCCGUGGUGGGCUGCGGGAGGCCGCGGGUCCCGCGAGGUGUCACCCGGGGUGGGCACCGAGGUGCAGGGCGCCCUGGAGCGCGCCCUGCCCGAGCUGCAGCAGGCCCUGUCGGCGCUGAAGCAGGCAGGAGCCGCUCGGGCUGUGGGCGCGGGCCUAGCCGAGGUUUUCCAGCUAGUGGAGGAGGCCUGGCUGCUCCCAGCCGUGGGCCGCGAGGUGGCCCAGGGUCUGUGCGACGCCAUCCGCCUAGAUGGCGGCCUCGACCUGCUGUUGCGGCUGCUGCAGGCGCCGGAGCUGGAGACGCGCGUGCAGGCCGCAAGGCUGCUGGAGCAGAUCCUGGUAGCCGAGAACCGGGACCGUGUGGCGCGCAUCGGACUGGGCGUGAUCCUGAACCUAUCCAAGGAGCGUGAACCCGUGGAGCUGGCCCGGAGCGUGGCGGGCAUCAUGGAGCACAUGUUCAAGCACUCAGAGGAGACGUGCCAGAGGCUGGUGGCCGCCGGCGGCUUGGACGCUGUCCUGUAUUGGUGUCGCCGCACCGACCCGGCGCUGCUGCGUCACUGCGCGCUGGCGCUGGCUAACUGCGCGCUGCACGGGGGCCAGGCGGUGCAGAGGCGCAUGGUGGAGAAGCGCGCCGCUGAGUGGCUCUUCCCGCUCGCUUUCUCCAAGGAGGACGAGCUGCUGCGGCUGCACGCCUGCCUGGCUGUGGCCGUGUUGGCCACCAACAAGGAGGUGGAGCGCGAGGUAGAGCGCUCCGGCACGCUGGCGCUUGUGGAGCCGCUUGUGGCCUCGCUGGACCCUGGUCGCUUUGCCCGCUGCUUGGUGGAUGCCAGUGACACAAGCCAGGGACGGGGGCCAGACGACCUGCAGAGCCUCGUGCUGCUGCUGGACUCGUCCCGCUUGGAGGCCCAGUGCAUUGGGGCUUUCUACCUAUGCACGGAGGCUGCCAUCAAAAGCCUGCAGGGCAAGACCAAGGUGUUCAGCGACAUCGGCGCCAUCCAGAGCCUGAAACGCCUGGUUUCCUACUCCACCAAUGGCACCACUUCAGCGCUGGCCAAGCGCGCCCUGCGCCUGCUGGGCGAGGAGGUGCCACGGCGCAUCCUGCCCUGUGUGGCCAGCUGGAAGGAGGCUGAGGUGCAGACGUGGCUGCAGCAGAUCGGCUUCUCCCAGUACUGCGAGUGCUUCCGGGAACAGCAGGUCGAUGGCGAUCUGCUUCUGCGGCUCACAGAGGAGGAACUACAGACCGACCUGGGCAUGAAAUCCAGCAUCACUCGCAAAAGGUUCUUUAGGGAGCUCACUGAACUCAAGACCUUUGCCAACUAUGCUACGUGCGACCGCAGCAACCUGGCAGACUGGUUGGGCAGCCUGGACCCUCGCUUCCGCCAGUACACCUAUGGUCUGGUCAGCUGUGGCCUGGACCGAUCCCUCCUGCACCGAGUGUCAGAGCAACAGCUGCUGGAGGACUGUGGCAUCCGUCUGGGCGUGCACCGAACACGCAUCAUCUCUGCCGCCAGAGAAAUGCUGCAUUCCCCACUGCCCUGUAGUGGCAGCAAGCCCAGUGGGGACACUCCAGAUGUUUUCAUCAGCUACCGAAGGAACUCGGGCUCCCAGCUGGCCAGCCUCCUGAAGGUGCACCUGCAGUUGCAUGGCUUCAGUGUCUUCAUCGAUGUGGAGAAGCUGGAAGCAGGCAAGUUCGAGGACAAGCUCAUCCAGAGUGUCAUGGGGGCCCGCAACUUUGUGCUGGUGCUGUCGGCUGGAGCCCUGGACAAGUGCAUGCAGGACCAUGACUGCAAGGACUGGGUGCACAAGGAGAUUGUAACUGCAUUGAACUGUGGCAAGAACAUUGUACCUGUCAUCGAUGGCUUUGAGUGGCCUGAGCCCCAGACGCUACCUGAGGACAUGCAGGCUGUGCUUACCUUCAAUGGCAUCAAGUGGUCCCACGAGUACCAGGAGGCCACCAUCGAGAAGAUCAUCCGCUUCCUGCAGGGCCGUUCCUCUCGGGAGUCAUCUGCAGGCUCCGACACCAGUUUGGAGGGUGCUGCACCCAUGGGCUUGCCUUAGCCAGUCUCCCAGCAACCAAACCCGGCUGUGACUCCUCUAUUUCCUGAGCCCUCCCCCAAGGAAUGGCUCCUCAAACUGGCUGCCCUGGGCCUUCUCAGGAAAUGGCUCUGCCUUUCCCUACCUGCUUGGCCCACUUCAAACCCACCUUCCUCAGUAUCUGGAGAGGGUGUGAGAGAAGUCUUCCUCAGGAUCUGUCAUCAGGUUCUGUGCCUUCCACUCCCAGAGCUGUGUCCCUGAUCUGUUCAAGAUGGAGGAGAGGGGACAUUAUCUUGCCAUCAGCUUGGCCAGGGUGAAGGCAGUUAGCUUCUGUCAGGAAUCAGAGAAAUAGUCAGGCUCUCUGCCUGGUCCUCUAAGUUUGAGCUAGGGCCUAGGCCCAAAGGCAGCUAGAGAUGCACAUCCCACCAUGGCUGUCCACUGAGACUCUGUCUGGUCCCUGGCGUGCCCCUUUCUGCUGCCCCGUGGCCUCGCUGUGGAACCACUCAGUCAUGGCCUGCCCCCAGCCUUCCUUUGGGGCAGCCUCCUCUGCGUAGUCUGUGGUGUAGGCUGGGCUGAACAGGCCAUUUGGCUCUACUUUCUGGUGCAAAAGGUCACCCCUGUCCGGACAGGGGAGGCCCUGUCUCAAAGCCGCCUUACCCCAUUCUUUGGUAUUGUGCCUAAGGGUCCUGCCUGGCCUAGGCCUCUCACCCACUCAGGCUUGCUACCUGUUGCUCAGGGAAGCACCAGUAGCGUGAGCAAAGCCUGCAAUUCCAGGAGUGGAGGCAAGAUCCCCAGGAGCACAGGUUAGUCUUGGGACAGCUUUGGCCACUGCAGUAUGCAACCAAUCCACUGGGAAUGUUGUUUCAAUCCAAUUCAGGAGCCCAUCUCCUGAUGAGCAGGUUGGGGCUGGUCUGCCAACGUUCACUGAUUCCUAGGUCAGAUGAUGUCGGUGCUUCAAAGGACAAUGCUUUGAGCAGCAGCUCCCUCACAGACCCCUGCCAUUUCCCAAACCCUCCCCUCGUGGUCUCUCAUCACCACAGCAUCCCUGUCCUGUAGCAUCACUCCCACUGUGGACAAGGAAGAGGCUGACUGAUGAUCCCAGUUUCCAAGUCUUCAAUGGCCGCCCUAAGACACCACAGGUGGUAUUGAUAUCCUGAAAAUCACCCCCCAGGAAGUGGGAGCCAGACAGAAGUGAGGAGCAGAAGCAUCCCUCUGCCUCUUCCUCCACUGGUGGGUUUGAAAGUAGUCAGGCUCCAGCAGGCAGAAUUGACUGGUACCUGCCACACUGCUCUGAGGGGGGUGGGGGUCACACAAGGCUGGUGUUUAUUCCAGACCUCUGGCCAAGUCUCCUCUUGCUCUUGGGACACAUCAUCAGAAAGCCAAGUUCUCUCUCCAGGCUUGAACACGUUCCUUCCACUCCUCUCCCUGCCAAAGACUCCAUCUUCCACUGAUGCUGGCCUAAGUCUGACUCUGAUCACCCACCAUCCUCCUGCAGUGAGUACUGCCCUCCAGUACACCCAGGGGAAGCUAUCUUUUGUCCCCAGUCGGUUCUAUGGCCUCUAGAGGUCCCCACAGACACCACUGGAGAAGUUACUAGUUUUUCUGUUUGAGACACACUCCAAUGCUGCCCACUGGCCUUUGGAUGACCCCUGCCCCUCCUGUCUCCCGGGGCAAUCACAGCCCAAUCUCCUGACCCAGCCAAAGCAGCCAGUGACCAGCCUCCCCAUAGGCAGGCCUGUAACUCAGGGGUGAUGCUCAGGACAAACAAUGCUCAAGAUUACGGCCAAAGCCAGCACCUGGGCCUCAGCUUCCAUCCAGUCAAUGCCCCAACUCAGAUCUACAGGGCCAGGGCUUGGGGCAUGGCUGGUCUAUAGAUGCUGUGCCCAUUUGGUGCUGAGUCAGCAAGGUCCCUAAAACCCCUCCAACCUUCACCCACCCCCAGAGGCCCCAAACUGUUCACUGACACCUAGAGGGCAAAAGUCUAGUUACAAUUCAUUCAGUCCCUCUACCGGGCUCAUGAGCACAGGCAUCUCAUUUAGAAUGUAUGAGGUGGGAGGCACCUCAGAACAUCCUACUAGUAUAUCUGACCAAGUGUGAUCUUCACAAUCUGUGCAGUGUUGCUGCCUCAGCCCUUCCUAGAGGGACUUUCGUUU